AUGGAGGAUGAAGAUCCCAACCAACAGGAGCAUGAUGGCACCCCUUCUCAGAUGUCCCCACUUGAGGCAGAAGCCCGUGGCUACACCCUGUUCAGAGUCUCGGACAGAGAGUUCAUGAUCAAGGUGAGCAGGCGCCGGUGGGCGGUGGUCCUGGUGUUCAGCUGCUACUCCAUGUGCAACGCCUUCCAGUGGAUCCAGUACGCCGCCAUCAAUAACAUCUUCAUGCACUUCUACGGGGUCAGUGCCUUCGCCAUCGACUGGCUGUCCAUGUGCUACAUGGUGACCUACAUCCCUCUGCUCCUGCCGGUGGCCUGGCUCUUGGAGAAAUUUGGCCUGCGUACCAUCGCCCUCACUGGCUCCGCUCUCAACUCGCUGGGGGCCUGGGUGAAGCUGGGCAGCCUGCAGCCACAUCUCUUCCCAGUCACCAUGCUGGGCCAGGUCAUCUGCUCCGUGGCCCAGGUCUUCAUCCUGGGUAUGCCCUCCCGCAUUGCUUCCGUCUGGUUCGGAGAUGAUGAGGUGUCAACAGCCUGCUCCAUAGCUGUCCUCGGCAAUCAGCUCCUGCUUUCUUUUGGUCUGAAUGCUGGUGCCUUUUAUGCCUUGUGUACCCUGCUGAAUCGCAUGGUGAUCUUCCAUUACACGGGGGAAGGUGUGAUCGUUGGAAGAAUCGGCCUGACCAUCGCUGUUGCAGGAAUGCUUGGGACUGUGAUCUCAAGCAUCUGGCUGGAUAGGACCAAAACCUACAAGGAGACCACCCUCGUACUCUACAUCAUGACUGUAGUGGGCAUGGCGGGAUACACAGGGACCUUGAACCUGGGACACCUGUGGAUAGUAUACAUCACUGCUGGCAUAAUUGGCUUCUCCAUAACCGGCUAUCUCACUCUGGGGUUUGAGUUUGCCGUGGAGCUGACAUACCCGGAAUCAGAAGUUGUGUCGUCUGGCCUCCUCAACAUGUCUGCCCAGGUAUUCGGGAUCGUCUUCACCAUCUCCCAGGGCCAGAUUAUCGACAACUAUGGAACCAUGCCUGGGAACAUCUUCCUGUGUGUCUUCCUGACCCUUGGGGCAGUGCUCACUGCAUUCAUUAAGGCAGAUCUCCGGAGGCAGAGGCUCCUGAGACUUGUUCCUAAAACAAAACCCCAGGAGGGGGACGAGGAGGAGGACAGCAAGAGCAACAAAGCCCCCACCACUGUCCAGGAGGAGCAUUUCUGACAGAGAGCGGAGGAGUGACUCGGGGGACUCGGACCGCCCCCACCUCUCCAGCCAGCACAGCUCUGCCUGCCAGCCCCACAGCCUUCACCCGAGCAGUUUCUGGGGGAACUGGGAGGAACAUCUGUGUCUUGUAGGACAGCGCUCUGC